AUGAAAGCACCUUCGCCGCCCGGCACGCUUCUGGACAGGCGCAACCGUAAGUUAACGUCGAUCGAGCCGACAUGGAGGCCAGGACUCGAGUUCGUCCCUUCCUCCGCCCGUGGGCAGAACUCCGCUCGACCAUCGGCAGUCCCAUCUCUCCCAUCGGUAGCGACGCCCACACUCAAGGAGCAGCUGCGCGACAAGCUGAACAACUUUAGCUUCAAGCGGUCGACCCGGAGCGGCGCUGAUGGCACGCUGGAUGGAGAGUCCAGCACGCGCAACGGGAAGGGGAAGGCGAAGAUCAAGGAGGAGAAGGAGUUUGAGCAGUGGGUACCGGGCGUGCCGAGGAAGAAGGCUGUCAUGACCGCCGCUGAGGCUCUGGGGCGGGUUAAUCCCCCAGCAACGCAGGAGUACAUUUCCAGGGUCGCACUCGCCCAGGAGAACGUCAAGCGUCGGGAUGAGCACGGCCAUGCCUCUUCUUCUGGAGGGUGGACCGACGAGAGUGGCGAAUGGUUCAGUCGAACGAUCCGCCGGCCAGUGUCAGCUUACUCCCCGCUUGACCCCGUUGUAUCCCCCAGCGACCGUCACAUUCCAACGCCAUCUGUGUUGCAGCCGCGGGCCUCAACGCGGUCAUCAAUGCCGCCGCCGUCUUCUCGCCGCUACGUGCCGCGGGGCUCGGCUCCGCCCCUAUCGCAUGACGCAAAGACGUCGAUGCCGCCACCUGGCCUGCAUCACCCGCCACAGAACGGUCCAGCGAGGAUGUCGAUGCCUCCACUGACGGCGAACGGAGGAUGGGCUUUCAGCCCGCCUCCCAGCGCACAAGAGCCACCACCGUCUGCUGUCCUCGGAUAUCUUCCACAUGAGCGGAAGUGGAUCCAGCAGCAGCAACAGCUUCCUCAAUACUCGCCCUACCCCCCUCAACUCUCGCCCUUCCCUCCUCAGCAAUCACUUUACCCUCCGAGCCAGCACUCGCCCUACCCUCCGGCGCAGGACCAUCAACUCCCUCCCAACCAACACCGUCCUCAAUACCCGCAGCUGCCGCCGCAACUGUACACCGACCAGCUGGGCAACGUAACACACGGUCCCGUGCAUGGUGGCUUGACCGGCGUCAACGCAAUGAGCCCGAACACCGUCCCGUUCAGCCCCUACCCCGAGCAAGGGCCAUAUCUUCCCCCGAUACCGAUCAUGUCGCCGAUGAGGCCGUGCUUUGAGCCGCCUACGGGGCUACAGCUGCCGCCGCCGCCGCAGGUCCAACGGCAAGUCCGCCACGAAGACAGCAGACCCAGUCGCAGAACCCACUUCCAGCUGAGCCCCCGCUCCCAGCCAGAUCCUCGCUUCCAGCCAAGCCCCCGCCCUCUGCCUGGGUAG